GACCAGUAUAGAAAAUAUGAGACGGAUUUCCCGGUUCUGUAGAAUACAGAACUGGCUCCUGUCCUGUGAACGUAUAGUGCCAGCAUGGCCGCAAAAUACGAGACGUACUACUGCAUCCUGUCCUUGUGAGACACCGCUCUGCUGUUACGGUGUAUUGCCAAUUUGUUACAUGUUACAAGUUACGAGUUACGCCGUCUCUCCCCAACUCCACAGCCUCGCUCUUGCGGCGUCAGCAUACCUAGGUAGUCUGCUGGGCGUACCCUAGGUACAUCAUGAUACAUGACCCGGUGCCCGGUCUAUACGUUCUGUCGAGGUACCUUG